AUGUCCACACAGAUAAGAGAGAUUGAGAGCACACUGCCGCUCGGCCUCUGCGGACUGGACCAGUUGGAAUGGUCAGGCCAAGCCGGUGCGGUUUGGGAGUGCUGGAAGCUGGCGCCAUGCUGCGGUCAUCCGGACCUCUUGGGUGUCAUUUACUGCCUGUUGCACUGGACGUGUCUAAGCCCGUUCUCCAUGUGUAAGCUGUACGCAUCCAGUCUGGAUGAUCCGUGCUCUGUCUGGCCGCACUGUUUCUGUAUUCUCUGCUGCCCCGUUGGCAGGUGGUUCACGCGGUACAACCUGCGAAAAAAGAACGGGACGCGAGGCAACAUUAUCGGUGACUGCUGCUGCGUCUUCCUCUGUCUGGCUCCCUGUGCAUGCUGCCAGGAACUGCGAAGCGUAAAUGCAUCUGCCUGGCGCCUUUUUCCAGAUUUCACCGUGUGUGGAGGGUGCGUUCCGGGUUGUCGCUUCUUGCGGUAG